AUGAGCCAGCCCACCCCGGCCACCACAGAGCCACCUGGACAGAGGAACCUUGCCUUCGAGGUUGUGGACAUCAUUGUCGUCGUCAUCUAUUUUGUCUUCGUCCUCGCCGUUGGGAUAUGGUCAUCCAUACGGGCAAGUCGGGGGACAGUUGGAGGGUAUUUCCUGGCUGGACGGUCCAUGACAUGGUUGCCAAUUGGAGCCUCCCUGAUGUCAAGCAACGUGGGCAGCGGCUUGUUCAUCGGCCUUGCCGGCACAGGAGCAGCUGGGGGCCUCGCCGUCGGGGGCUUUGAGUGGAAUGCUACCUGGGCGCUGCUGGCCCUUGGCUGGAUUUUUGUGCCUGUUUACAUUGCUGCAGGAGUUGUCACAAUGCCCGAGUACCUGAAGAAGAGAUUUGGAGGACAGAGGAUUCAAAUCUACAUGUCCGUACUGUCCCUCAUUCUCUAUAUAUUCACCAAGAUAUCGACAGAUAUUUUCUCUGGAGCGCUGUUCAUCCAAGUCUCCCUGGGCUGGAACCUUUACCUGUCCACCGUGAUCUUGCUAGCAGUGACAGCUGUCUACACUAUAGCUGGUGGUUUAACCGCUGUGAUGUACACAGAUGUGCUGCAGACUGUGAUCAUGGUACUCGGGGCUUCGGUUCUCGCCUUUAUAGGGUUUGAAAAAGUCGGCUGGUUUGAAGGACUUAAAGAGAAAUACAGCACCAUGAUACCCAGUGUCAUAGUCCCAAACACCACCUGUCACCUCCCACGCGCUGACGCCUUCCACAUGCUCAGGAACCCUGUCACUGGGGACAUUCCUUGGCCUGGGCUUAUCUUCGGCCUCUCUGUGCUGGCUACUUGGUGUUGGUGCACUGAUCAGGUUAUAGUGCAAAGGUCUCUCUCUGCCAAGAACCUCUCCCAUGCCAAGGGUGGAUCGGUGCUGGCGGGUUAUUUGAAAAUGCUCUCUAUGUUUUUCAUUGUCAUGCCUGGUAUGAUCAGCAGAGCUCUUUACCCAGAUGAAGUGGGAUGUGUGGACCCGAAAGUCUGUGAAACCGUCUGCGGAGCUAAAGUGGGUUGUUCUAACAUUGCCUAUCCUAAGCUUGUAAUGGGACUCAUGCCUGUAGGACUCCGGGGUUUGAUGAUAGCUGUGAUGUUGGCAGCCCUGAUGAGUUCCCUCACCUCAAUCUUCAACAGCAGCAGCACGCUCUUCGCCAUAGAUAUCUGGCAGCGGCUCCGCAAGAAAGCCACAGAGCAGGAGCUCAUGAUUGUUGGCAGAGUGUUUGUUCUCAUCCUCAUUGCCAUCAGUAUUCUCUGGAUUCCCAUCAUUCAGAUGUCCAACAGCGGUCAGCUCUUUGACUACAUUCAGUCCAUAACCAGUUAUCUGGCCCCACCAAUUACUGCCCUCUUCAUCCUGGCAAUCUUCUGCAAGAGGAUCAAUGAGUCCGGUGCUUUCUGGGGCCUCAUGUUCGGGCUGGUAGUAGGUGGCAUUCGAAUGAUCAUGGAGUUUUCCUAUGGUGUGCCAUCCUGUGGCGAGGAGGACCCAAGACCAGCUGUGCUAAAAGAUGUGCACUACCUGUACUUUGCCCUCAUUCUCUGCGUGCUCACGGGCAUCGUCAUUACCCUAAUUAGUCUCUGCACCCCACCAAUCCCAGAGGAAAAGCUGGCUAGCCUGACGUGGUGGACUAGACACAGCAAAGCUCCCACAAUUGACCUGGUGAGCUACAAGAGCGAGUCGGCGGAGGUAAAUCCUUCAGUGGGCGAGAGUGAUGGGGAUGAGCCGACCUGGGAGAACACGGAUUCAGGGAGCAAAGAACAUGGAGCAGCGAGCCCUCCUUGCUGGAAGAAGUUAUACUUCUGGUUCUGCGGGAUCUCCAGCAGCCCAGGACCCACACUGACCAAGGAAGAGAAAGCAGUCCUGGAAAGGAAACUCACCAGCAUUGUGGAAAAGCCCCUAUCAAAGACUCUUUGCAACAUUAAUGCUAUAAUCCUGCUAGCUAUUAACGUCUUUCUGUGGGGUUACUUUGGCUGA